AUGGCCCCGUUGCGUGGCCGGCGGCGAGCCCUGCAGGGCUGUGCCCACAGCGACAGGCCAAGGCGGUGUGUCCCUCUAGUAGCUGCUUGUGCGCUGGCUGCAGUCGCUGUUCUUUGGGCAGGCUCCCGAAGUGUCAGCUUCUCCGAGCCGAGGAGCUCGGCACCUUGCCCUUCCCGGCGAGAAGCAGUGGCUGUACUCAUACCUGGACUAGCUGCGACGGGUGCGGUGCUGACGGAUGCGGACUCCGCAUGGGCAGAUGGAAGCAUAGAUCUGAUUGUUGGAGACUCCCGCAAGAAAGCGAAGUAUGAAGCGCGAGAGGGCGGCUUCCUUGGCGCUAACAAGUUCAAGAAGCAGACGCAGGACUUCAACUACACCGAUUUGCAGAGCUUCCUCCCCAAGCUGUACAUGGCUCGACGGUCGUUUGAGGUUCAGAACAAACAGCUGAACGACCGCAAGCUGAGCACCUUCCUGUGUUGGAGAAGAGGGGUAGAAAACAUGGGCAUCAAAGGCCUCAUGAAGUUUCUCCAAGACUCGGCCCCGAAGGCCGUCAAAGAGCAGCCCAGUCAGGCUGCAUACACGGGUCGGACGGUGGCCAUCGAUGCCAGCAUGUGUCUCUAUCAGUUCUUGAUAAUGAUCAGAGAGAACAGGUCGGGAACGUACAACAAUCUCACAAACGAGGAGGGACAGGUUACAUCUCACAUUAUUGGAAUGCUUACGCGCACGAUUCGAUUGAUGGAGAGUGGGAUCAAGCCCGUCUACGUCUUCGAUGGCAAACCUCCUGAGAUGAAGUUGCUGGAGCUCGAGCAGCGCAGGGCCAAGCGCCAGGAAGCCCAAGCCAAUCUGCAGGCAGCCAUGGAGGCUGGCGACUCCGAGCAGAUCUUGAAGAGCACCAAGGCGACGGUGAAGGUCACCAAAGAGCAGAACGAGGAAACCAAGAAACUGCUCCGGCUCAUGGGUGUUCCCGUCGUAGAUGCCCCCAGCGAAGCCGAGGCGACCUGCGCCGCUCUCUGCCGCGACGGCAAGGUCUUUGCAGCUGCCACAGAGGACGCGGACUGCUUGACAUUCGGCACCAAGAUCCUUGUAAGGAACCUGAUGGCAGCAGAGUCGCAGAAAAAAACCAUUCUUGAGGUCAAUCUGGCGCUUGUGCUGGAGCAGUUGAACAUCACCAUGGACCAGUUCAUUGACUUCUGUAUUCUCUGUGGUUGCGACUACUGCGACACAUUGAAGGGUGUCGGUCCCAGCACGGCAAUCAAGCUUCUCAUGCAGCACGGGACGCUCGAGAAGGUCCUCGAAGCUUUGGGGCCCGAGAAGGUUCCAGCCAACUUUCGCUUUGAGGCUGCUCGGAUGUUCUUCAAGGAGUGCGAGGCGGUGGACACUGCCAGCUGCGAAUUCACCUUUGAGGAGCCCGACAUCGAGGGCUUGACGAAGUUUCUGGUGGAGGACUGCUCCUUCAGCAAAGAACGGGUGGAGCGCUACGUGGAGCGACUGAAGAACUCGAAGAACAGGACCAAGCAGAGACCCUUGGACAUGUUCUUCGGCGCCUCAAAGGUGCAGAUCAAAGAGUCAGACAAGUUUGAUCCGAACAAGAAGAAGGGUGGUGCGAAGGCUGCUGCCAAGGCCGGCACCAAGCGCCCUGCUGCUCCGGCCGGCGGCGCGGCAAAGCGCGGCAAGAGGUAA